AUGCAGGGCAAAGGGAUAUGGAGUACAGGUCUCACUCUUUUGUCAAGAGUUGCAGAUGUUAUUGGUAGCGAGGGAUGGAGAUGGAAGCCAAGGAAGACUGCAAUGCUCUCUGUCAUCCAGGAAAAAGUAAGUCAUAUCAUUCCUGGUGACAGAGAGGAUAGGAUUAUUUGGAGUGCUCACCCAAAAGGCAUUCUUACCGUGGCUAGGACUUGGGAUUUCAUUCGAGACAAGAUGGCUGAAGUGGAAUGGCACAGGCUACUUUGGACAUCUCCUCUUAUUCCAAGACAUUGUUUCAUUUCAUGGCUCGCCAUCAGAGGUAGGCUGUCCACUUUGGAUAGAAUAUCAAGAUGGAAGAAGGACAUUAGCUCCUCAUGUGUUCUCUGUGGAACUGAGGAGGAGAAGAGAGAUCAUAUCUUUUUCAGUUGCCCUUUCUCUACUGAUGUUUGGGUGAAGAUUUUGCUGAUGAAUGGUGAAAACAGGAGCUGCAGACUUUCAUGGCAUGCAUACAUCUACAACAUUUGGAAGGCCAGAAAUGAUAGAACUUUUCAUGACAUUGUAGCAUUGAAGGAGAAGGUUCUGGCUUGUGUUAAGCAGGCAAUGAAGUGCAGGAUUAUGGGAAUGCCUAAACUGGACAGUAGUAUAAGAACUGAGGAGCAGAGACUUUUGCUUGCUGCUUGGAGCAAAGCUUAUUCAGCGAAAAAAAAAUAUAAUGAAGAGUUUCGAACUCAAUGA